AGUAACGCGAUUGGCUCCGCGGUUUCCUAAACACAGAAAUCCGAGUCAUAGGAAGACAUCCUGGUUCUGUUAGUCAGCAGCUAGUUAUAGAGAAAAAUUGCAUGGUGUUUUAAAGAAUACAGUGCAACUGCGAAUAAUGGGAAGGAGUCCCGUGGUCUCCUGUACCGCCGUCAGCUGUGUGUUUGCCUCUCGGGCCCGUUAAGCGCGAGACUGUUAGCGUUAGCCGCCCGCAGCUCUCGUGCGCACUCGCAGAAGCAAAAUGGUGUUGUUGUUGAAUCCACUGGAGAAUCUGAAGACCUACAUAAGCAGCCGUCCUCCACUGGUCAUUUUUAUGGUCAGUGUCAGUGCUGUGGCCAUCGCCUUCCUCACUAUUGGAUACUUUUUUAAGAUUAAGGAGAUCAAAUCACCUGAGAUGACAGAGGAUUGGAACACCUUCCUUCUGCGUUUCAAUGAGCUUGACCUCUGCAUCUCUGAAAAUGAGACUCUUAAGCACAGCUUGAACGAUUCCACCACGCCAGAGAGCACAGUGACAAGUAGUCAGUCGCGAUCAAGCACCCAAUCGCCACCUCUCCUGGAGGACCCAGGGCCAAUCAACAUCUCUGUACCCAUCACACUGACCCUGGAUCCGCUCAGGCCAUUUGGAGGCUAUUCACGGAAUAUUACCCACCUUUAUGCCACUGUGCUUGGGCAGCAGGUUGGACUUCCUGGUGGAGAGGCUCAUGAGGAGAUGAACAUCACUUUUACUCUACCAGCAGCCUGGAACUCAGAUGAGUGUGUUCUUCAUGGCCAUUGCGAGCAGGUGGUCUUCAGCACCUGUAUGACCAUCACAGCAGUCAGUAAUGUCUUCCCUGUCACAGUGCAACCACCUCACUGUGUUCCAGAGACCUACAGUAAUGCCACGUCCUGGUACAAGAUCUUCACCACAGCACGAGACUCAGACACGAAGUACACGCAGGACUACAACCCAUUCUGGUGUUACAAAGGUGCCAUUGGGAAGGUAUAUCAUGCACUGAAUCCCAAGCUCACUGUCGCCGUUCCAGAUGACGACCGUUCUCUCAUUAACCUGCACCUCAUGCACACCAGCUACUUCCUGUUUGUAAUGGUCAUCACUAUGUUCUGCUAUGCAGUCAUCAAGGGCAGACCCGGAAAAGUUAGACAGAACAACUCGGAGUACUGUCCAGAAAAGGUGGCCUUGUCAGCGGGAUAAAACCGGGUCAGAGGUGAACAUCUGAACCGAAGCAUAUCGGAAAGGAAAGUUGUGUGAAACUACAUGUUGCCUACUGAACCCAGAAGAAGGGUGCAUAAAAAAGCUCUCUGAAUGCAUUUCUCUGCAAUGUUGGGUCACGCCAACCAAAGACUUUUAAGUGCCUGUAUCUACUGUGUAAAUAAUGCUAGGACUCUUAAAUUCAGUAAAAAGCAGUCUGCCUGAGCCUCCCCGCACCCUACGGCAUCCUAUAAUGUGCAGUAUAUCCAGUAUCAACAUAAGACAGUGUUUCACUAAAGAUGUUAGGAUGGGUAAUAUCACCUUCACAAAAUGAUCCAUUAUCAUACCCUUGCUCCGUCUGAUUUCUCUGAAGGUGACGGAUCUGUACCUCGUCCUCUUUGCCUUGUCAUUCCUUAUUUUGUCUUUGCCGUAACUCCCUGACAGGUGUGUAUGGCAGAUGUGUAGAGAGCUGUCAUGUGAUCAGGCUGCUGACGUGUUCUUGGUUGAGUUUCUCUAGAGAUAACAACAUCCGUCCACAUGACAUGUUUCUUUAAUAAUAAUAAUCAUUUGGUUUGAGAAAGAAAUGCCUAAACCGAAUCGGAUGUACAUCAGCGAGUCGAUGUGAAACGCCUGCUCUUGGAGCGAUAGACUUGAUUGACUCUGUUGAUGAGCUGUGUGAUGCGCAAUGAUUCGCCUCCACCUGCUUCAUGUCUCUUUUUUUUCUCGGCACUGUUCGACUGAAUGUACUUGUAAAAAGUAAAGCAAAUUAACAGCAGUGAUGCAGCAUUAAUAAUACGAGAAUCAUUGUAAUUUUAACAUUCAAGUAAAAUAUGUAAAUCAUUGUAGAUUUUGUUUUUGUAAUAUACUUUUUUUUUACUUGACCAUCCAUUAUGUUCUUUCAUGCCUUUUCUAUCUUUGCAUUUUUAAUGCUUAAUUUGUUAUUUAAGCAAAUGCCUUCCCGUUUGCGAUAUCUGACCGGUCGCCCCAUCUUUACCACCCUAACGUUUACCAACAGAAAUGAAACAUGCAUAUCAGGCAUGUGCCAUCGUAUAAAAAACAAGCAUGGUGUGAAAGUAAAAUGAAUAUUAAAUGAAAGUUUUGCCAUUGCAUUUCUUCUCAUCCCUGCAUCUUUGCAUUUCCCGCCUUUUACAUGUGUACAUGAAGAUUAAAAAAAAGUCUUAAUACUCUUUAAUGAUCCAUGUUUUACCCUAUGUGAUUUUUUUAAGACCAUUUUACCCAUCAUGCUUUGCUUGAUUAUGCUCUCCUAAAAACUGCAUUGGUUGUUGUCUAUCACCAUCACAACGCAAUGCAUUCAUUACAGCCCAUCAUAAACGAGCAUCCAACCACUAAUGUGCCUUUGCACUAGUCAGCUGUGUCGCACAUGUAUGUACAUAGCACCGUCUUUUGUGUUUAUAUGCCAUAUUCCUCUCCCAGUUGUAUCCAGUUUGCAUUUAAAUACAUCUAUACUCCAUUCAAUGCUUUUCUUUCAAAAUACAAAUGAAAUCAAUAACACUUAUCCAAAUUCAUCAUUCACUCACUAGAACCAGAUGAAACACAGGGUUGUAUUGAGGAAACUGCUAUGGGGUGAACGCGAAGUACAUCGAAGCCCUCGUAGAAAAGCAAUAUUGUGCAUUUGAGGUAGUAACGUAUUGUAAAUCAGCCCUAAAGACGUUUGCUCGCGUAGUUUUAUUUUACGAUUAUAAGAUUUGUACCCUUCCGACUGCUGAAUGAGCAUUUCUGAAGCUUCAUACCUGCAGCUAAUAAUAACAUUGAGUCUUUAAAGUUGGCCUUGUAGCGUUACUUACAGUUCAUGUUAAUAGAAAAUUACAGUGGAUUCCACAAAUGCUGCUGCCCAAUGCUCGGAUCAUAUUGAUCUUUCACCUCGGUUUUCCUCUGGGUUUGUAGCAUUCGAGUGAAGUGUAUUCGUAAAGUGGUAGAAGGUCCUCUCCCUGUCUGAGCUCUCUGGUUCCUCCGUGUCGGCGAGGAACUUGACUUGUCAUGAUAAUGCAUGAUUGUAAAUGUUCUACCUGCUGAUCUGUUUGUAUGAGGACAAUCCCUCCGUUUAUGUUAUGUUUGUAAGAUAUUGUAGGCACAUGCUUUGCUGAAUAAAAUCUGAGAUAACACAGAG